AUGUUGGGCAGGAAUCAUAGGUUUUUUAUCUUUGGCAGGUCUAAAAUUUUGAGGCAUACUUUUAUUAGGCUUCAAACUACCAAUGCAACUCCAUAUAAUGGUGAUGGAGCUCAUUUAGAUAACAUGAACGCUAUGGAUAACUCACCGCAAUCACGUGAAGUACCAGAACUGAGUGCGGAAUUUGAUACUCAGAACUCUAGUUUUAGUGUAUUUCCACAUAUCAGGGAUGUUAAUCCCGAUCAACUCGUCGGUUCAUCUAAAUUUGGUAAAAAUAUGUAUUUCAUUUCAAGAAGCAUACAUGGAAGUCUGCCUGUUUAUACUGAUAUUAAGAGUGGUAAUGCAGCUGUAACUCUCAUCAAGAAUGUCCAAGGUGAUAUUAUUCAGUUGAGAAAUGAUUUACAAAAGUCGCUCCCAGACAUUCCUAGAGAUUCCUGGAAGGUUUUAAUGCAAUCUAGAAAAAUAGUUAUUUCAGGUGAUUAUGUCAAAGCUGUCAAAAGAGUGCUGUCUGAAGCCUUUUAA